GGGUGUCCACUCUCUCUCUAGCCUCUUCUCUUCUUUUUUUUUCUAAAGGCGACAGUUAUUUCAACUAUCAAUUAUACAUAUCUACUCUUCAAACUCACUCCCUGAUAGAAAUUUUCAAUUCUGCUAUUCGAUUUAACUAUGGGUGAAGAAGAAGCCAAGAAAGUGGAAACUGCUGGAGAUGUUGCGGAGGAGAAAGCCAUCGUGUUAUCAACUCUACCUCCUUCUGAAGAAUUGGAAGACAAACCUGAUGAUUCCAAAGCUCUUGCCAUCGUCGAACCCGAAACUAAAGCGCUGAUACCUGUUGAGAAAAAGGGAUCUAUAGGCAGAGAUGCAACUCUUGCCCGAUUAACGGCCGAGAAGAGAUUGUCACUGAUUAAAGCAUGGGAAGAAAGUGAGAAAUCAAAAGCUGAAAACAAAGCUCAGAAAAAGAUGUCUGAAAUUCUUGCAUGGGAGAACAGCAAGAAAGCAAGCUUGGAGGCUGAGCUAAAAAGGUCUGAGGAGAAAUUGUUGAAAAAGAAGGCUGAGUACAUUGAGAAACUGAAAAACAAGAUUGCUCUAGCCCACAAGUCAGCAGAAGAAAAAAGAGCGAUAACUGAAGCUAAACGUGGAGAAGAUCUUCUUAUCGCAGAGGAGAUGGCAGCAAAAUGUCGGGCUACUGGAACUUCUCCAAAGAAACCGCUCCUUGGAUGUUUUUGAAGUGGAAAAUGCCUGCCAGAUCUGCAUCACUGGUUAUAAAAGUCAUAUAGUGAAGUUUGUGGAUUGGAAAUUUCUUUGCAUUAGAAACAUUGUGUGUUUAUACCUUGUGGAAUUUAUUGCUUUCGUUAUUACGAGUGCAUAACAAUGUAUUCGAGUGUACAUAAAACGCUGGAGAAAUUAACUCUGGAAUUGUAUGGAAAGAGCUUAAAGGAAACCUACUA